AUGCAUCAAGAACGUAAUCAAAUUUUGAGUACAUCUUUUUUAUCAAAAGUAAUUUCCGCUCAUGAACAUCAUGAACAUCAUGAAACGAAUGAAACUGAUAAUGACAAUACCUCACUGGAUCCUAUCGAUGGAAUUCUUUUAACCCAUAUCGUUUUUAUGUUCUUAGCUUUUGCUAUAAUAUUUCCGAUGGGUAUGGUUCUGGGUCUUAGUCGAUCUCGUUGGCAUGUUCCUUUGCAGAUAAUUGGUUCUAUUUUCAUGACAAUCGGCUAUUUUCUUGGACAUGCACAUGGUGGAAGAGAAUUCUCUAGUAAUAAUAUUCAUAGUUUAUUUGCACCUUACCUUAUCUAUAUUCUAAUAUGUCAAGUUGGAGUUGGUGUAUAUCUAAAGCUACAUUUAAAGAUUGGUCCUAACAAAUGGUUUCGACCUUUGUCCUCAAAGUUUCAUAAAAUUCUUGGUAUAUCUAUACUUAUUAUUGGUUACAUACAAAUAGUGUUUGGAGUGAUAACUGUCGCUGGAUGGUGUGGAAAUGGGAAUUUAGAGCAGUGUCUUGCGCAUUUUAUUAUGGGUUCUUCGUUCACAGGAUAUGGUAUUAUAUUAAUUUUGGUGUUAAGACUUGCAUCUGGAUGGUUACAACGCAAAGGAAAAUCUCAAGAUUACUAUGAUAGUUGGAUGAUAAUGGUUUGGGGAGCUGUAAACACUUUCACAGAACAUAGAGGUCCUGUUUGGAGUCACAAAGAUCUACAGCAUACAUCGUUAGGAAUACUAUGGUGGGCUGGAGGUGCUGUCGGCAUUUAUCUUUCCAAAAAUGGCAAAAGAAAUAUAAUGCCAGCUAUUGUGAUUUUAUUUACCGGUUACGCCAUGAGUUCGCAUGCACAACCAUCAGAAAUAUCCACAAAAAUUCAUUCAAUAUUCGGCUAUGUGCUCAUGGGUGCUAGUUUGGCAAGAAUAUUUGAAAUUUGUCUUCUUUUCAUGGGUGCAAAUCCAGAGCAGAUUGCAUUGUUAACACAACUUAACAUUGAUCCAUAUUCAUAUGCAUUGGUUCUUGCGAGUACUGCAUUUCUAAUUUUCCUUUUCCCAAAUCUCUUGAUCGAUUUAUAUUGGCGUUCAGGUCAAAAUGAUGGUGAACCAAUUGGCAAUAACGACAUAAUGGCACAUCUUCCUUUACCUUUAACAGAUCCACAUAUCUCAAGUUCAAAUUCUGAGGAUGAUCAUAGCGUAUUAUUUCAACGCAAAUCUAAUGAUGACGAUUAUGAGUUUCAUAAUUUAUUGGAGUGCAUAUUCAACGAGUGUGAAGAGGUUACCGUUGUUAUAAUAACGGUCAUGGACGUUAUCUGUUAUGAUAACGGUAAUGGACGUUAUGAUAAAGGUCGUGGAUGUUAUGAAAUAGCCACGGACGUUAAAUAA